UACCUCCCAUGGGACAUGGACGGUGGAUGCCCGCACGUCUCCGUCGCAUCCACGGCAUCGGGUUCCUCUCGCCUCUCAAAAUCCUCGCGGUCCGUGUCACCUGCGUCGUGUCGUCUCUCGCUUCGCACGCCCGACGCAAAUCGCCCCGCGUCGUGUCGUGUCCUCUUCCUCUGCCUUCUUCGGCUCGCGCUCGAAUCCGCAACCCAAGCCGAUUCCACCGCGACCCGCCGGUUCUCUUCUCCUCCGUCCCCGAGAUCUCGAGGCAUGAUGGUGGAGGCGAAGGACAACGAGGUGUACGAGGAGGACCUCGUCGACUACGAGGAGGAGGUAGAGAAUGUCGCCGACGGCGCCCCCACCAACGGCUCCGCCGAUGUCGUCAAGAAGGGGUACGUGGGGAUCCACAGCUCGGGGUUCAGAGACUUCCUGCUCAAGCCGGAGCUUCUCCGUGCCAUCCAGGACUGCGGAUUUGAGCAUCCUUCCGAAGUGCAACAUGAAUGCAUCCCUCAAGCCAUUCUUGGAAUGGAUGUCAUCUGUCAAGCAAAAUCUGGGAUGGGUAAGACUGCGGUUUUCGUUCUCUCAACUCUUCAGCAGAUUGAUCCUGUUGCUGGCCAAGUAGCUGCGCUUGUGUUAUGCCACACAAGAGAGUUAGCUUACCAGAUUUGCCAUGAAUUUGAGAGGUUUAGCAAAUACCUGCCUGAAUUAAGAGUCGCUGUCUUCUAUGGUGGAGUUAACAUAAAGAAUCACAAGGAUCUAUUGAAGAAUGAAUGCCCGCAUAUUGUGGUUGGCACACCUGGAAGGAUACUUGCUCUAGCUAGAGAUAAGGACCUUCCGUUGAAGAACGUGAGGCAUUUCAUUCUUGAUGAAUGCGACAAGAUGCUUGAAUCACUUGACAUGCGUAGAGAUGUCCAGGAGAUCUUCAAAAUGACUCCCCAUGAUAAGCAAGUGAUGAUGUUUUCAGCAACCCUCAGCAAGGAAAUUCGUCCAGUUUGCAAGAAAUUCAUGCAAGAUCCUAUGGAAAUUUAUGUUGAUGACGAGGCUAAACUGACCCUUCAUGGUCUAGUUCAGCACUACAUCAAAUUAAGUGAGGCAGAGAAGAAUCGAAAGUUGAAUGAUCUCUUAGAUGCGCUCGAUUUCAAUCAAGUUGUGAUAUUUGUCAAAAGUGUUAGUAGAGCUGCAGAGCUGAACAAGUUGCUCUGUGAGUGCAAUUUCCCCUCAAUCUGCAUACAUUCUGGAAUGACACAGGAAGAGAGGUUGACCCGAUACAAGAACUUCAAGGAAGGACACAAGAGGAUUCUUGUGGCUACCGAUUUGGUUGGUAGGGGAAUUGAUAUUGAGCGUGUCAACAUUGUCGUAAACUAUGAUAUGCCAGAUUCUGCUGAUACCUACUUGCAUAGGGUUGGUCGGGCUGGCCGUUUUGGCACUAAGGGACUUGCAAUAACCUUUGUUUCUUCUGCAUCUGAUUCUGAUGUUCUCAAUCAAGUGCAAGAAAGGUUUGAGGUUGACAUAAAGGAGCUGCCUGAGCAGAUAGACACUUCAACAUACAUGCCAUCUUGAGGAUCCAAGCGAACUACUGUGUAGUUACAGCUGGAAACGAUGGUUUGCUUCAACGCAUCAUCGUGUUGGGAUGACCAUUAGAUAACCUUGUAUUUCUUGAAAGAUGUUCCAUCUGUGCUUAAUCGGCAGUUAAGGUGCACAUGCUAUGCAACUAUUGAGAUCAUGCUCUUAGGUUUUAUUUGCAUCUUUGUAACAUUUGCUACGUAGCAAACCUUUCGAUGUCCCCUUUAUGACCAUGUCACGCGCUGGUUUCCUCU